GCUUGAAAUCGCUCACUUGUGCUUUGCGCCGCACUUCCGCCCAGCUCAGACAGCCACGAACGUUCCAUAGGCACCUGGCAUUGAGGCUUCUGUACUCCAACGACCCUUAUCCCGACGCCUCUCGGCGAUGAUGCCAGGACCAUCAUGGCCAACGUCUGCGCUCCACAAUGCAGACCUGCUGUACAAACUGCCUAGAGAGCUUCGAGACAAAGUGUACGUCGACGUCUUGAACGCCGAUUGUCCUGUAGGACUCACUGAAGACCUGUUGCCGCACAUCCCACCCAUCCUGCGAGGAAAUCCCGACUUGCUUCCCGAGGCCUUGGAAAUGCUCACCAAAACACAAACUUUUACCUGGGACUUCGACGACCCACGAAUAUACCCACUCGUUUGGACACGCGAAUGCGUACAACCCUACGACGUCCGCCACCUUGACAUUACAUGUUCCGAGUACAUGGAACAUUUCGGUCUUGACGGUUUGGAGGAGCAUGAGAACAUGUAUCGGGACUCAGUUCCUCGAGUUCUCUGGGAAAGAUUGAUGCAAUUUCCACGCCUACAAAACCUCACAAUCUACAUGCAGAAAAACAUGGAACCCAAGGCGCUCAACACGUUGGAUUUUGGUCCCGUGCUGUACAACUUGCGCGCCAAGCUUUCGAAAAUCAACAUCAAGUUCUUUUUGUCAUUUGAUGAAAUGCUCCUCGGUUUAUGGAAUGGCCCGAUGGAGAGCGACGAUGAUCUCUCCGCAGAUGUGUCACCCUACCAACCCAUGGGAUUUGUCAACAUGAGCGACCUGAUCGCACCUCCCAAUGCCGAAGAUGUCGCAUACGUACAAGAAUACCUACCUGAAUACAUGAACACAGGAAGGAUGCCACAUAGUCGACGCAUCAGCACGGGACUAAUCGACGAAUCACCAGCAAGUCGUCGUGCAUUGGCGCAACACUAUGCGGUCACGGAACCCGCUUUACUGCGAUGUCUAAUGCGCGACCACUUUGAAAUAUAUAGAAAACGACAAGACCGCGUCCCAGAGGAAGAGAGCACUUGAAUAAUGAGGAAAAUCAUCAAGAGAGCAGAUUGAAAGCCGAGGGUAACAUUGUUGGGUUUUGUAGAUUCAAUACAUGGAACGCGGACCCAUUCUCUAUGCCGCUCGAACAGAAUCCGCGAAAUCAAAACCACGAUUUCCAUCGCAGACCUCCACAUGGUUGAAGCUCAAAUCCGCUUAAUU